UAUGUAAUGUAAGGAUGUAGCGCCAUAGUUUAGUCAUUUACACGCUAAGAAGCAAAAGAUUCCCCGUGUGAUUGUGGGAGGAGGAACAAAUUCUCUGGGAGUUAUGUUGUGAAGAGUAUCCACGGCAUGGAAAGUGGCUGGAAAUGGCUUUAAGGAUGUAACAGGGAAAAGAGGCAAGGCUGGAGUGAGAGGGCCCAGGGGAGAGAGAGGACCAAAGGGUGAAAAGGGAGACACAGGACCGGUGGGGCUCCCUGGAUGGUCAGGACUCAUUGGAAUCCCUGGCUUACGUGGAGACUCAGGUGAUCAAGGUCAAAGGGGUGAAAAGGGUGACAAAGGAGACAUGGGACUGCCUGGACUACCUGGAGUUGAUGGCAUGAAGGGUAUCCGUGGUCUUGUUGGAUUGCCUGGUCCUGAGGGUCCAAAAGGGGAACAGGGAAACAUUGGUCUGCCAGGGCCCAGGGGCAUGUCAGGGAUGCCUGGAUUGCCUGGUUUGUUUGGAUUAAAGGGAUUGAAAGGCUAUCAAGGUCUGCCUGGUCCACCUGGCAGGAAGGGGCUGCCGGGUCCACCUGGCAUUCCCGGACUUCCCGGAAAGUCACUGAACGUGACCUUGUCUCAGCUCAAGGACCUCAUGUACAUGUCAGAUAAGCCCAACUACCUUCUGAUCCAGACGUUGCUGGAUACUCUUCAGGAGGAGCUUCGGCUGCUUUUGGAUCCUCCUGAUGGCAGCAAAGAGCAUCCAGCUACUACCUGUCUGGAGCUCUGGCUCUGUCACCCUGAAUACAGCAGUGGAAUGUAUUACAUUGACCCCAACCAGGGCAGUCCUGGCGAUGCCCUGCUGGCUUACUGCAGCUUCUCUUCAACAUCAAAACAGACCUGCCUUCAUCCUCAAGACUCUCAGUUGCCAAUGAAAGCUUGGAUUGAGGACUUUUCUGAGGAAGGAUCUUUUCAGUGGCUCAGCAAGCUGGAUGAGGGAUUUCAGUUUUAUUAUCAAGGUGCUAAUGUGGUCCAGAUGCGCUUCCUGAGAUUGCACAGUGGCACAGCUGUACAGAAGGUUUCCUACUCCUGCCAUCCAGGACACAGACUGGGCCCAGCCAGCCGAGAUGUCAAAUUCCUCACUGACUCAAGGACACAAAGUUACCUCGGAGCAGUUCAAGAUUGUGUGCCUGGAGAGGAGAUGGAAUCUGGUCCUCGGGAGUCUGUGCUGGAGUUUGAGGACCUCCAUCUCCUUCCUCUGAGAGACGUGGCACUAAUGGGAGGAGGAAACACGACAUACCAGUUUGGCCUCACUGUUGGACCUGUGUGUUUCAGCUAGAGGUGGGAGAAAGCUGCACCAUCCCGGAAGACUCUCAGGUCCAGGACACAAACUCUCUUUAAAUCAUGGACAAGUGGAACCUUCCAGUCUGUGAAGUUUUUGCUUCUUUAUCCUCUAGUGUUGGAGGAUUUUAUCCCUCAAGUUCAGUGACUUUGUAUGACUGAAUCUUUGAGGCCAAUAGUGCCCCCAGGCUUUUUUUCACGGAGAAGGCAAUUUCGUUUACAGAGACAUUAAAUAAUUUAAGUGUAUGUUUUUUGGGGUUUUUUUACAUGCAUCCUUCAUACAGUGUUUUGUUUUUUGUUAUGCAGUUAUGCAGGGAUUGUGUUACAGCUUGCUCACUGUGUAUAUAAAACGUCAGACUGUCCUAGCUGAUGUCUAUAACAAUGUGUUCUUUACAGGGACACAGCUUCUGUUGUCCCAUAGGCCUGUAAAGCUCUCACUGUAAAUCCACUAUUCUAGUACUGUAAGUGAACCUAGGUCUCAUUUUUCUCAAGGUGCUAAUUUUAUUCAAAAGACCACCAUUUAUUUAAUACAAAAACCAAUAGAAAGGGACAGUUAUAUUACUUGAUUUUUUCUGUCUGUUGUCAACAAGACCAACUGUCUUCAUCUCUUGAAAUACAAAUUAUUGUUUAUUGUU